UCAUUGCAUCCCCAUUCUCCCAUAACCAUUCACCACCCGAAAAUCUAAUAGCUACCCAACAAAGAAGUCUCAACUUCAACUCUUCUCUACUAGGCAAACUAGCAAUGGCAAGAAAAAAUUGUAAUGUUGGUCAGAGAGCAUGGAACAUCCUGCGUCUAGCAUUGUUAUGGGCAAGAAAAGGUGGUGUUUUCAAGAGACGUUUGAUGGUGGAACUACGUGUUUUACCCAAGUUUCUUAAAAGCCUAACCCUAGGCCACACUACUUCUACAACUCCUCGCACCCAACUCUUUUAUAGAGAGCGCCAGCUCUCCUUCGACAAGACACCUAUUUUUCACGUCAAGAUGCACCGCCCCGGGGCCUCCAUGCGAUUCCAUAUUCCUUGCAUUACCCCGCAAGUCGACUUUGAUUAUGACUUCGACGAUGAUGAAGGAGGAUAUGAAUAUGACGAUGGAGGGAGAAGGAGUUUCAUGAAAGGUAGAGAGGAGGAAGAAUAUGAGGAAAGAAUUCCGGAGGAGGAGAAAGAGAUUGAUUUGAGAGCUGAGGAGUUCAUAGCUAAGUUCUAUGAGCAAAUGAAGCUUCAAAGACAGGUCUCUUGUCUUCAGCACAAUGAGAUGCUAAACAAAGGCACAAGUUGAUUAUUUCCUGUCCUGAGACUUCUUUGCAGAUUCGUGACCAUUUCUUUGUAAAACAAGACUCUGUUGCGGAAUUUUGUAAGUAAAUAUCGGAAGGUUUCCGUUGAGUUCAAUAAAUUCUUGCGAUUUUUCCUUAAAAUGAUUAUCGUUAUGCAUUGAAUAAUGAGAAUACUCAGAGAAAUCAACCAUACAUUCAAGACAAAUUAAAUGUACCAUUAAGAUUUUC